UUGAUCGCGGACGCGCACAGAGAAGGCGUGGAAAUAGGACUGGAUGGGGGUGUUGCGCGGAAGAAGGCGCACAGGAAAAAGAAAGGGCCGCACAUACACGUCACUUGGGGAAGCUGAACACACUGGGCAAUGUUUAAUUCUCACCAUUAUUUAUUCCGCCCUGUUCCCGUUUCUGACCGCGGAGCCAUCGCAGCACGAAGUGCGACUUCCUCUUAGUGCUCGGUGUGAGGCAUAUAUCGUCACCCCCACCGCCCGCUGGGGAGCGCUGACACACACACCGCCGCUGAACUUCCCGUGAAGACGCGGCACGGGCGAAAAGAGCUGUUGCUGCUGUGAGAAAAGCGGAACGACAGCGGGGCUUGUCAAGAAGAGAAGACAUACUUGAGUCAUUAAGGCGUCUGGCCACAGAAAGGGAGCUAUUGUCCUCCAGCUGAGGGCGAGCAGAGGCGGUUCUGCUACUCUGCUAAUUAGCCUGCGUUGGUCCCUGCAGAGAGGGAGAAGAGAGCGGGGCUGCUAGCUGCAACAACAGGGUUUAAAGGGGCCGUUGUUCACAUUUCCUCCACAAUCUGGACAUUUCUCUUUUUGACUGAUUUUAUUCCUAAUUAUGGGGUCCUUCAGCGGAUAGUACCCUCCCACCCUUCCUUCUAACCCCACCGGCGCACCCUGGCUCGGAUUCGCCCAUCGGGCGCUGUCCUCGCAGGGGGGUAACGGGUUCACCAUCGCCCGGUAGAGCUAACUACAGGCGGUUUGGUCUUCGUGACCCUUGCCCGCCCUGCCUCGCCUCGGACCCUCUGUCCCUAACCGAGUCGGAACAUGGCAGGGAACCUGAAGAAAGGUGGGGGUAUCAUCGGAAUGAUGAAGGAUGCCUUCCAGCCACACCAUCAUCACCUCCACUCCCAUCACCAGCCCGGGGCCGUGGACAAGAAGACUGUGGAGAAAUGCUGGAAACUGAUGGACAAGGUGGUGCGGCUAUGUCAAAACCCCAAACUGGCUCUAAAGAACAGCCCCCCUUACAUCCUCGACCUGCUGCCAGACACCUACCAGCACCUGCGCACCAUCCUAUCACGCUACGAGGGCAAAAUGGAGACUCUGGGAGACAACGAGUACUUCCGGGUCUUCAUGGAGAACCUGACCAAGAAGACCAAGCAGACCAUCAGUUUGUUCAAGGAGGGCAAGGAGCGCAUGUAUGAGGAGAAUUCGCAACCCAGGCGGAACCUCACCAAGUUGUCGUUGAUCUUCAGUCAUAUGCUGGCUGAGCUGAAGGCCAUCUUCCCCAAUGGUCUGUUUCAGGGCGACAACUUCCGCAUAACCAAAGCUGAUGCUGCAGAGUUCUGGAGGCGCGCCUUUGGGGACAAAACUAUUGUGCCUUGGAAGGUGUUCCGCCAGUCUCUCCACGAGUUUCAUAACAUCAGCUCUGGCCUGGAGGCCAUGGCCCUCAAGUCCACCAUAGAUCUUACCUGCAACGACUAUAUUUCAGUGUUUGAAUUCGACAUCUUCACCCGGUUAUUCCAGCCCUGGUCAUCCCUGCUGCGAAACUGGAACAGCUUGGCCGUUACUCACCCAGGGUACAUGGCCUUCCUCACUUAUGAUGAGGUCAAAGCUCGGCUGCAGAAAUUCAUCCACAAGCCUGGCAGUUAUAUCUUCCGACUGAGCUGUACUCGACUGGGCCAGUGGGCCAUUGGUUACGUGACAGGCGAUGGAAAUAUUCUCCAAACCAUUCCCCAUAAUAAACCCCUCUUUCAGGCCCUCAUAGAUGGUUUCAGAGAAGGCUUCUAUUUGUUCCCUGAUGGCCGGACUCAAAACCCUGACCUGACGGGACUAUGUGAGCCUUCACCUCAAGACCACAUUAAAGUCACACAGGAGCAAUAUGAGCUGUACUGUGAGAUGGGCUCCACUUUCCAGCUCUGCAAAAUCUGUGCGGAGAACGACAAAGAUGUGAAGAUUGAGCCCUGUGGUCAUCUCAUGUGCACCUCCUGUCUCACUGCCUGGCAGGAGUCGGAGGGUCAGGGAACGGGAUGCCCCUUCUGUCGUUGUGAGAUUAAAGGUACCGAGCCGAUUGUUGUAGAUCCUUUUGACCCCAAGGACAACAGCGGGGGCUCCUGUCGGGGCACCAUGGGGGCAGAGGGAGCUCCGUCGCCAAGCUAUGACGACGACGAUGAUGACAGACUUGAAGACCCCCACCUGGUAAUGAGCAAACUUGCUUCCACAAAGGUGGAGCGCCCCCCAUCACCCAUGUCCAUGCCUCCUCAGUCAUCUCUUCCCCCAGUGCCUCCGAGACUUGACUUGUUACCACACAGACCUCCAAACCCCCCUGGUGCCUCCAGUCCAGGGGCCACCAGUAAGGCUGCAUCACAUCACAAAGACAAGCCUCUUCCACUUCCUCCUGCACUGCGGGAUCUCCCCCCUCCUCCUCCUCCUGACAGACCCCACACAGUCGGGCCGGCUCCUGACGUUCGGCAUCCGAGGCGGCCCCUACCCUGCACUCCAGGGGAGCCCCUUCGAGAUAAGCUCCCUCCCACACCCCCGAACCGUCUUCUGACCGAGUGGAACUCCAGACCCGUUCCCAAAGCUCCCACCCCCUCAUCCUCGUCAUCUUCACCAUCCUCCUCGACCACCCAUGUUUCCAGUCUGGGAGGGGAUCUCCGAGCAGGUGUCAGGGAGCUCUCUAACAGACACUCCCUCCCUCUGGCGCUGCCCUCGGCUCUAGACAACCAUUCGGACUCUCAGAAGAACAACAGCUCCCUCAGUCUGGACCGCCAGCUGAAUUUUGCUGCAAUAGCUACUCCAGACUAUGACAACCCCAAAGUAAAACCAUCAUCCUCAGCCAAUGCCAUCUAUGCACUGGCAAACAGGCCGUCUCCAGCUUUGAGGCAAGUAACCGGAGAGGAGGCCUGUGACAGUGAGGAAGACUCGGAGUAUAUGAUUCCUUCAUCUCGCCCCAUUGUGGUUCCAUCAGUACCAGAUACCUCACAAGUCCAAAGGCCCCCACAGCCUCAGCCCCUGACAGCUCUCCAGGCACAGACUCAAACCCCCACAUUCAACUCACGGCUCCCACUGGGUGCAGAGGAUGGGCAUGACGCCAUGUACAACAUCCAGACGAGGUCACAACAAGCCAGAGAUUCAGAUUACUCAGAGUUGCCUCCUCCGCUGGUCACCAAUGGGCCCAGGGACCACGCAGCAGAGGACAGAGAGGAAGAAGACAACGGCUACGACUUCCCAAAGCCCCGGCUACCGCAGCCUCCUGCUCGGCGGACCCUUUCAGAAAUGGCGGGAUCUCUGUCAUCAUCUUCAUCGUCCUCAUCGUCAUGCUCAUCCUCGGUGGCUGCCUUCAACCGCCUUUCCCUAGAUUCAGAUCUGGGAGCUGCAGCAUCUGUUUUAGAGCCAGUGGAAGCACCGGAGAGACCUCCGAAACCUCUGCCCAGACGGAUCAGCUCGGAGCGCCGCCACAGCCCAAUCCCACCUGUCCCUGCUCCACCCAGCAGCAUUGUUGCAGGCGGAGAGGCCAACCCCUUGAUCAGCAACGAGAUUGAGCACCUCAUGAGUCAGGGAUACUCUUACCAGGACAUCCAGAAAGCUCUGAUGAUUGCACAGAAUAAUAUAGAAAUGGCCAAGAACAUCCUGCGUGAGUUCGUCUCUGUUCCCUCCACCGCGCACAUUCUCACAUAGCAGAUUGUGGCGGCCCGGUUUUGCCGUUUGCUCUUUUUGCCCUAGCUUAGCCCAGCCUGGUUUGGUUCAGGUUGGCACAGAAUCGACCUGUAAAGCCCACUGCCUCCAGGACAACGUAAAGUGCUGGCUGACACCCUUUGCCAUCCACCACCCCCCCAAACCCUCCUGUGGUUUCUGACCUGGCUGUUACCCAGCAAGCUCACAGUAUCUGCAGGACCCUGCGCUCCUGCACUCCAUGCGCUUUCAAAAGUGUCAGACCUUUUUCGUUUUUGGUUUCAGGAGCAUCUCCUCGGGACCGCCGGUGCGCAGCAACCCGAGACUUUCAUAGGAAUCUGCCGAAGACAAACUCUCAUCUUUCAUGUUGAAGCCUCUGGCUGAAAAUAUAAUCAACACCUCACAAGUAAAACUAAAAAUGUAUGUCUAUAUGAGAAUUUAAUAUAUAAGUAUAUAUUAAAUGUGUGUAAUAUAUACAGUACGUGCAUAAAUAAUAUGUGAAAAUAGUUCAGCUUGGAGGGUUGCUGUUGGUACCACUGUAAGGGGAGACAGGAGUCAGACUACGGGGAGCGAGGAAGGAAGAGGAAGGACGAAUCUGCCGUCUUCCCUCACCAGGAUGCGUUAGUCGGCAGCACCUUGGAAAAUGUGCAGCAGAGCUUUUCAUCUUGACUUAAGUCUGAUACGGCCUUUAACUAACGUUGCUUUGGUACUUUUCUUGUUUUAAAAACCAACAAAAAAGCGUGUUUAGUUGUUUUGUUUGUAGCAUGUUGAUGGUUUCUGAUCUGGACAUGUUGCUGGCUGCUUGUAUGUUUUGUGUACGUGAGCAUGGUUGCAGGGCUGAUAGCGCUCCGCGCCGUCCCGCAUCUCCGGGGGGAAAAAAUGAGUCUUUGCUCAGAGAUUAAACAGACAUUCCUCUGGAUCUUACAUAGCGUUAUUCCAUAGCUUGGUAGCGAGACAGAGGAGCUUUCUGAGCUGCACGCAACGUUCCUCCUUUUAAUGCAAAAAGAGAGGAUCCAUAAACUACAGUUAAUACGACUCCAUGCAAGAACAAUAGUAUGUACAACGUUUUAAUUUGCUCAGCAACUGCGAGUGAAACAGAAACGAGUAGUUAUAUGUUUUUGCAAACCUGAUAAAUAAUGUUUAUACGGUAUAUUCUUCGUCUUUGCUGCCGUACUUGUUGCUUCUAUUGUCUGCAGCUUCGACCCGCCCACGGCUGGUGCAGAAGAACCAAAAACUGCGGUGCCUGAGUUGAACCUGAAUUUGCGCUUUGGAGCCUCUCUUCGUUUGUGGAAACACACGUCACUGGUUCGGGAACCGAAACGGCCUCCAAACCGAGUCGGUGGGAAAGGGGUAACAGAGUUUAAUAGAGUCUUAACGAACUCUAUCUGAAAAGUCAAAGAGUGGCAUGUUUGCACUCAUUGAUGAAGCAAUGGUGUGUACUUUAAAUGUACCCGUCCGAUUGUAUGACAAGGAUGCAGAAACAAAUGUAAAAGCUGGCACUGUUUGGGAUACAAAAACUAAAUGACACUUCAUGACAACAGUCAUGACCAUCAAAAGUGUUGUUAAUGUUCAUGAUUCAUGUCAUGUUUCAGACAGGUUCAUGACUCCCUUAUGUCAUCCCUUUCAAAUAAAGUUUUACCGUCAGUUUAGUCAUUUCUGCCACUAGAAAGUGAAUUACUUCUGGUGAUUUUACAGCUUUAGUAGCUGUUGUUGUGAAAGCACACUAAGAGCAAUAGGCAGCCAGUGAAGUGACUAGAUUAAAGUAGGGAUGGAUUGCUGAACUUGUCUACCAGCCCCACGGGCCUAAGAGUUCAGAAGGCAUUGAAGCCUGGGGCUCUGCCCAAAGAAUGUUCUGUAUUGGCUCACAUUUGGUUUGUCCAUUUCCUGUCUGAAUCUUGUCCCUUUACAUCCUCAAAAUCCCAUCAGAAUCUAUCAUUUAAGGGGCUAUUUUUCAACAUUUUCUCUUGGGGAAUCAUAUUCUCAGACCCUUCCCUGAUCUAAAUGUUCUUAUGCAUGUGGGCCCAGGAGCCCACAAGACCAAACACCACCCAAGGUUCAAAGGGUUGAAAUGUUAAAAGGGUUAUUUUCAUAUAUUAUAUGUUGUGUGUUAAAAGUGCGUUGCAUACAUCACCACUGCCAAUCUCCCCACCUCAUCUACCUUCCUGUUAUGGAAAAAAUUUCAAGCUCAUGAUUUUUUCCCACUAUCAGCCCUGUGGUUGCCUGUCUGGUGGUGUGUGUGUGUGUGUGUGUAUGCCAGACGUUUUACUCCACUCGUCUGGCUCUUAGGAGAAGCCCCGCCCCUCCCUCUCCUGUCCGUCUCAACAUGAAUGUGUACUCCAGUCCACGUACUUGCACCUGCGCUCUGUAAAUGUACUACUGCUCCAUGUUCUAAGGCAGGGCCUGGUGUAGCUGUAGAGAUUGUCAGAGGACGCGUCCUGCAGCUACCAGACAGGCGAGUAGUUGUGUGAUCUACGGUGGCUCACGUGUUUUCUUUCUGUUGUCUGAACUCACUGGCUGGUCCGAGUUUCUGUCUCCAGCUGAGUCCAGUGUUACAAAAACAAACAAAACAAAAAAACUUUUACUUUGGUAAUAUAUUAUUGUUAUAUGAUCAUAAAUGUUGUUGUUUAUAAUUAAUUCAGAAGUGUUUCACUGCUGCUAUUAUUGUUAGUGCUAAACAAUUAAAGCCUUAAAUGUACAUUUGUGAAUACUGUUUUAACCGUCAUCCUGUUUCUUUAAAGUGACAGUAUCAUUUGCUUUUCCAGUUCAUAAUGUAGCAUACUUGAAAAGUACAAGCAGCUCGUGAGCCCGCAGCCCUCACGAGCUAUCGACCUGUUAGUGUUUUUAACUUUUACUUUUAUUUAGACUAUAUACAGGGUUUCUUUGCAGUCUGGAAACGUUGGAAAUUAGAUUUUUACAUUUUAGGAUCUGGAUAUGUACUGAAAGCUGUUUCCAGACUUUUGUAAUUCUAUUAUCUUAAAGAUAAACACCUGAAUAUCAGGGGAAAACUGGCUUUUUUCUUUUACAUUCAUUUUCCGUAUAUUGAGAAAAUAACCUCAUCAAUAAAUCAAAUCGGACCUUUUUUGCCAAGGAGGACUUCAUGGUAUUAGGAAUUCAUAAAAUUGCAAUACUACUGAUCAAUGUUGGCACCUGAAAUAUUAUAACCUACCUAACAUUAAAUCCAAGCAGUCCUUUGCAGUUGCGAUAUUGCAUGUGUUAAAAAUGCAAUGAGGAUUUCUACAACCAAAAGAGAUGACAUCACAUCUAGGAUGAUGUAAUUUAGAUUUGACCAGUCUAGGUUUUCAAAUUUUAAGAGAGACCUGAACAAAUUUGGUCCAGAAGCCAAAAAAACUGUGAAUCUUAACAGUCCUAGGUAGCUCGGCCAGCAGUGGGCUGCAUGUUGGCUGUGUUUAGCUGUUUUUCUUUCUUAAAAGAGAAAAAAGUGAAGCAGCCAGCUGACCGCCAGUGCAUAGCAACAGGUGGAGGAGGGGCAGCAUUCUAUUACUCACUCAAAGUAGUAACAGGGCCUUUUCCCGGCUACUUUGCUUUCCAUACCCUCUAAAAACCACGGUUCUGUGGUUCCUGACCCGAGUAGAAAAACCUCAUCGAUCACAAAACGCGGGUCAUGUUUGAGAUCUUGAGAUCCUCCUCAGAAAUUAAAGAAACAAAAUUUCUAUUUUUAAAAUGCAUUCAUGCUAAAAUAAGAGAAAAUGUACACAAAUAGAUAAAACUGUGUAUAUUUAGUUGAUGCUGUUUGCGUUGUCAUUAUACCUUUUGUAAUCGAUUUGCCAAAAAUGAUUGCAUACCCAACCAAUAGGUGUGGGUGACAAAUAUCUACCACCGUUAUAUUAAGGAUUGGGAGCUGGAACUAUUAGGAAUCCUUAAAGUUUAAAGAUUGUAUUUACUGUAGGAUUUAGUCUUGGUGUUAUAAAUUGAUAUACAGCGUCUCAAAAAGCAGUGAACAAGUCCUUUACCAAACUGUAAAAUCUUACAGCCAUGAAUGUCUGUAUUUUGCAGCGGGAACAUUUUCUAAACAACCAAAUUAGUCUUUCAAUGAAAAAAAAGAAGUAACCGCCUUUUAGCCAGCUUUCAGGGUAUUAAUCUGGUCCUGAGGAUUCUCAGACUUGGUCUGGGUUUAGAUGCUAAACAAAGCAUUAACAGUCCUAUUUUUUAUAUCUACAAACAAGAAAACCGUAUCAAAAUUUACAAAGUAGAUUUAAAGGUGUUUUUCCAAAUUCACCAGGUCUUGAUGUUACAGAAUUGUAAGCCAACUUCAGCAUUGCUAUUUCAAAAACCAAAUUAUUUAAAUGGUUUUUAUUCUUCUAUCAAAAAACAUGCAGCAAAAAAGUACAAAUUUGACUGUGUAAAAGUAGGAACCCUGUAUAUAUCCACAACAAUAAAGAAACCAAAAUGCUUUAGUUAAGUUUUUAAGGAUAAGUGCUUUCUGUUCUCUUCAGCAUUGCUUUCUCGCUGCUCUGAAAGGGAGCGAGCGUCAAGGCUUUUCGUAGCGUAGACUCAUGGGUACGCUGGCCCCGCCCUGCGGUCUACGGUAAAAAUCAGUAUUUGGGCCGACUGUAACAACUAACUCAGGAAUAAAUGCUGUCAAAAAGCAGAGGAGACUCAGAGGCACAGACAGCAGCUCACCUGUGUACAGCCAAAAGUAACUGCUUCUUAGUCACACUUGAACAUUUUUGCUCUCGCUUCCAGGUACUCUGAAUUUUAAGGAUAUAUAUUCACACAAGCAGCUUUUAGGUACAUUAACUCAAGGCUCUCCCAGUAUAUGAAGAAUGUUUUAGUGUUUGUUUUUUAAUUUUCUGAUUAGGAGGAUGCCCAUCAGCCCCAGUUUGUCUUCUCCUCUUCAGGCUGAUGCUGUGUGUUGACUGGAAGCUCUCUCUCUGCGCUGUCUCUAGUCCUUUUUCAUGUUUAUUUCCUAGUUGCCUUGCAAAACUUCUUGAAUGAUGGGUGGUGACGGACCGGGGAGGUCCACAAUCCUCAAUACUGUACCGAUGUUUCAAGACAGCAUCUCAUUCUCAUGUAUUAUUAUUAUUAUUUUUAUAAACCUUUAUUUUUGCACAUCAUACCGAUUUGUGCUUUGAUACUGUCACUCUAAAGGAAAGCAAAUUGUAUAAAGGAAAAAAGUAGUUUUGCAUUUCUGUACAUUUAAUUUUGUCCCAAAGCUUUUUGUUUUACUUGUUUUUCAUGACUUGUGCCAUAUGUCUUGAGAAAGACAUCAUCACAGAGGUCCUUAUUUCACUUUUAAAAAGGCCUUGAUAAUCGAAGAGUGAUUGUAGGUGUCGAUCUGUACCUGUUGGUCUCUGAAGGCAACAUCGUGCCCUAAUGCCUGCAUUGGUCUGUCCUCUGCCUCUUCAGCCGCACCUCCUCUCAUCCCUCAAAAGCUUUCAGUCUCCUUUUGCUCACCUUUUUCCAGAUCAGCGCUCAGCCUCUGGAUGCCCCCAGAUGCGCUCAUGACUGAGGAAUUUCAAUUUUCAGCCAGGAGAGGGGGCUGUGGUUCUACACUUUUAUUUCCCCACAUCAGAAAAAGAAAGGCAUUCAUGUUUUUUUAUGAUUUGUUUUUUUUUUUUAAAGCUCAUAUCCAUUUGAAAGUAUGCACAUUGCUGUUUAAUAAAAGAUUAAGCAACUGC